AUGUCAGUGGGCAAGAUAAAGAACAAUAUCACCCAUCUUGGCAGCUCAAUUGGUACUUCUAUCAAUAAUGCUAGUAAUAAUGUUACGUAUAGUGUGAAAAGUACAAUCAAAAAGAAGAAGUACGAUAGUGAUGAUGAAUUGAUUAAAGAGUAUCAAGAGGAUAUUAAAAGAUCUAUCAAAGCUUUGUCAUUCAUUUCAAAACAGAUUCACAUAAUAUCAAAUGUGGUGCUACCAAAACUAUUCAAGUCACACAUGAAAAGUGUUGAACUAUUUGCAAAAUUGAUAGGAGCCAAUGCUUUGCAAUUUAAAGGAAUUGAUGAUUACUAUCGUGAUUUUGAUAUUCUGCAACAGCAACAAGAAAUUCCAAUGAUCCACCCAAAGGAGUCCAUGUUUGAGAUUGAGUCAUUGAAUGAAGAAUUGUAUAAUUAUAUGGUAACAAUAGAUAAGUUGACGCUAGGUAUCUUGAAUGAUUGGGAUUUAUUUUACCAGGAGAACAAAUUAAGAAUUAUCGAAAUGAAAGGAUAUUUGAAGGAUAGUUUGAAACUCAUUUUCAAAAGAAAUCAGAAACAAGAUCAAUAUGAGACUUUGUACAAAAAGCUUGACAAAAUCAUGAAAAAAACUACUCCUUUAGAUGACAAAGAACAAACAAAAAUGAAUAAUUUGGAGAAAGAAUUGAGAGAAGUGAAGAAGAUCUAUGAAGCCCUUGACGAAAGAACAAGAACCAAUUUACCACAUGUGUUUGUAAAUUUGGAAGAAUUCAUCGAUUCCAUAUCGAAAAUUUUGUUUUUCAAGCAAUUGGAUACUUAUAAAUCAUUCUAUAAAACCUUGAGCCACUUUUCUGAAUAUUAUGGGUUUUUAUCAUCAGAGGGUACAGAAUCUGAUUAUCAACACAUAGUCGAUCAAUGGGAGAAUUCAAUGACUCCUGUGAGAUUACAGAUUGAAACUUUUAUUACCAUAAUUCAUGACAAAAAUCCUGAACUUCUCAACGAAGAAAUUGAUGAUGAAGAUAAAACACUGAAGUCUGCAAAAAUGUGGAAUAAUCUUUCGAGGAAGAUGACGGACAAGAGCUUCAAAUUGAAGGCCAAGGACCAUAAAAAUGGAUUAUUUAACGGACAUUUAAUUGUUGAUCAGUUGGACGCUUUUUUGGAGUACAAUAAUCCCACUGCUAAUAUUUCAGAAACUUACUUGCCCACCAAGCCUAUAAGGAAAGAUGAAGUUAUGAUCCCAGACAUUGAAGUAAGUAAUGUGGUUGCCCCUCCUUUACCUCCGAGAACGAACACUGCCGGUGCCUUGAUUGCCCCUCCUACACCUAGAAUAGGAUUGCCUGUUUCUCUACCGGGAUCACCUAUGCCUUCUACACCCAUGUCUACAAAUUACAGUUUCGAAAGAACUCAAUCAAUCACCGAUAUCGACUCUGUAGAAUCUGCAAGUAUACGGAGUGAUGAUGAUGAUCUGGAUUUUGAGGAUAAAGAAUCAAUGGAAAAUUUAAGCUCUGUUGCUACAUCUCGUUAUGUCACGGACAAUGCCAAAGAAAAGAUGUCCAGACACUUAGCUAAAAUCUAUAAUUCGAGUAAAAAUCAAAUCAAGGAGUCACCUAUCCAUAUCGAUCCCAACGAUCUUACUAGUUUCUCACCGAAGGGAGAUGCGUUUGACAGAACUUCAACCAUCACCCACAGAUUGAAUGAGUUUGAUAGUUUUUAUCACAAAGUCAAUUUUGUAGAAAGUGCAAUGAAUAGGAAAACUUUAGUAGCUAAGCACAACUUCAUGGGUGAACAACCAGGAGACCUUUCAUUCAAGGAAGGAGAUGAAAUCGAAAUCAUUUUUGAAUUUAAUCCUACAAAGGCUUCCUCCGAUGGAAUUUGGCUGAUAGGGGUUAUACAAAAUCAAGGGUCAUCUAGGAUUGGCAUGGUACCAAGUAACUAUUUUUAA